AUGGAUUUUGUCAAGAACCUCGCCGGCGGUAACAAGGACGGACAGCAGCAAGAACAGCAAGGGGAGCAGAAAUCAGAGGGAGGGUUCAUGAGCAAGCUGAACAAUAUGGCCGGUGGUGGGGCGUCUGGUGAGAAGAAGGAGGACGGCCUCGACAAGGGUGUUGACUGGGUCCAAGAGAACGUGCUGGGCCAAGGCAAGCAAGACAACGAGUCAGCGGUAGAACAAGCCAAGGACGAGCAGAUCUCAGACUUCAUCCGUGGCCAGUACAAAAACACAACCGGAAAGGACUUCCCAGUUGCCGACAAGUGA